AGGCUUGCAGGACUCGAACCAUGAGGCUUCCUGCGCGAUCGCUGUUGCUCUGCCUCUCCCUCCUGGCGCUCUUGUCGCAUGUCUCUUCGAUGGACUAUGACGACGAUGAGGAUGAUGAGCAGAUCAGCAAGAGCAGUGUCAAGAACGCUGAGGCUCCCAUGGGAGAGAUGCAGAGGUCGAUCAGCAUUGAGGGAUCUUUCUCGGAUGAACAGUUUCGCGCGCUCCACAAGAACAAUAUCCUGCGAGUUAUGCUCGAUGGAGGAAAGCAGCAGGCGAUCGCUCGAGCAGACGGCUCCUUCACCAUCUACGAUGUCUCGGAAGGAGUGCAUUCUCUGGACGUCGACGCGCCAGGAUGGAUUUUCGAGCAGAUCAAGAUUGAUGUGCAUUACAAGCGAAAUGAGCUCAAGGUGAGAGCCUCGUUCAACGGCGACAAUGUUGGCAAGCCCGUCAAGUACCCGCUCACACUUCAACCUAGCAUUCGCGUGAAGUACUUUGAGGAGAGAGAGAAGUUCGACCCUACCGUUUACUUGAAGAAUCCGAUGGUUGUGAUGGGUAUCAUUGCAGCUCUCAUGGCAUUCGUGAUGCCCAAGAUGGUUGAGAACAUGGAUCCGGAGGAAGUGAAGAAGUUGAGAGAAGAGAUGAAGAAGACCGGCGGGACAGCGAACGCGUUGAAGAGUGCGAUGCAAGGAAGUUGAAGGCCGUUGAGCUAAGGGAGGGGAU